AUGAGCCAAAGAAGAAAGCACAAAUAUCGCAACGAUAUGGAAAAGCCGUUUAAUUUUUGUAGAGAAGCUGCAAAAGGAUGUCACGUGUGCUUGAUGGCGCCAAACAGAACGAGCGACUUUCUGAUUGGCUUGGAGAAAUUCUACGCUGACGAAUACGACUCAGACGUCGAGAUACCUUCGGUUGCGUUAGAUCCAGACACGAAUACCUUGACUUUAACGAAUACACACGAUUAUGCGCUUUCUGCGACGAUAUCGGUCAAAGGUCUUCGAUGUUUAGGGAAAGAUGGUAUAGAAUUGGAAGCCGGUAAUACGGUAUCGAAAGACGGCUGUAAGUCAACGUGCACAACUUUUAUCGUAAAGAUCCCCGCGAACACGUUCUUGCACGUCUGUCGAUUGGUCGUGGACUUGGAAAGAGAAGGCAUCAAAGAUAGAGACGAACUGUUAGAGUUUGUCAUGCAGAAACUCGAUUCAGACGUCCAGAGAUGCGAAGGACACUCGAGACCAAACGAUUUCCAUCCGUUACAUCUUACUUUUCCUUUUCAAAAUACGAAACAUGAAAAGGACGAGUGUUUCUAUUUGUGCACGCAAGGCAUCGGAGGGAGCUUUACGCACACUUUCUACGGUAAUUACCACGCCAUAGAUUUUCGAUGUGAAGUCGGCACGCCAAUUGUCGCCGGGGCAAACGGGAUAGUUACGGAUGUACGAAACAAUGCACAAGAUCAAAGCACGGGCAUCUCGGCGAGCAACUUGUACUCAUGGAAUUCGAUUCAGAUUCGCGUCACUGAAGAAGUGAAUAUAAAAGACGGAGAGGUAGAGGAAAUCAACGCGGAUAGCGCGGAGCAAAGGAGUAGUAGCGGAGCUUCAACAACCGCAUCCGCACGAACGGGAAUAGCCGGUUUGAGUAUAUCUGAAGCGACGGCGGCGGCGGCGGUAUCAUCACCAUCAUCAUCCAAAGUUGGACAAGCUGGCCCUUUGUACAUUGAGUACGUUCAUGUCCAAGAAAACUCAUUCAAAGUUCAAGUUGGAGAUGUCGUGGAGAGAGGCCAAAUCAUAUGCCGUUCGGGUGAGAGCGGAUUUUGCCCAGAGCCGCAUUUGCAUUUCAGCGCAUUUCGUACGUCGGAUAGCAAAGCGCCUACGGUUGGCGUGAAGUUUAUUGCAUCUGAAGUAAAAGAUGCAUUCGUUCCAGAAGCAGGAAAGAUGUACAAUGCGCGCAUCGGGGAGAGGAAAAUAUAG